AUGCAAUCUCAAAUAUUAACUCUAUUAGAAUUUGAUGCUCUGGAAAAAGACUUGAACAAUGCAAUCAUUAACGCUGCUUUCCUAUUAUUGUAUAAAGAUCUGAUUCGUCUAUUUGCUUCAUAUAAUGAGGGUAUGAUUAAUUUGAUAGAGAAAUACUUUACUUUGAAAAGAAGACAAUGUCGUCUUGGCUUGGACCUAUAUCAUGCUUUUCCAGGUUUAUUAUCAAAGCUUACUGAAUUCCUUACACUUGCUGAGAGUUUGGGAAUUGGAGAUAAGGAUAGCCUAGGCCUACAGCCGGUGCCAGAAAAAGUUAUACAAGCCAUGGAGCAACACUUACAAAUUUUGGAAAGUAAAAAAGGAUCAGAUGAUGAAGAAGAAGAGACUCAUACUUCAACCAAACCAAAUGUACCAAAGAAGCCAACAGUCCCUGUACCCAUUCCAAGUCAAACCGUAAUCUGCACUGAAGCUAACAAGAUAUCUAGCCAUAAUCCGCCCACUGGAAACACAGAUUACAACGAAGAUGCUGAAUCAAUAAACAAAACACAUGAUUCUAAUAUUCUGGACCAAUCUGAACAAUUGAACGAUGAUACAACUGAACCGACUGCUGCAUCAUAUCCAACUGUCGUCUUAAAUGAUGAAGAUGGAUUACCUUCUGCUUUACAAGAGGAGAUAAUCGCAGCGGCUAAAGGUCAUUUAAACGAAACCCUUGUUAAGAGUUCGGAAGCUGUAAAACGUUCAACUCAACAAGGUGCAGUUAAAGCUCCAGUACAUACACAAUUGGGCAGAUCGGAACAACGAACUGUAUCAGUGCCACCGACACGUUCACGAUCACCAUCACCAGCUCGUCCACCCCCAUCACCUAGCCGUCAAUAUGGAAAAACUACACCAAAACAACCAUCGAUCAGUGCAAGUGAUAGUGAAGCAAUUAAUGAUGACAAUACGGAUGGUAUCAAUAAGACAAAACAUAAUUCAUCAUCAUUAGGUCUUAAUGUAGAAGUGAAUGCACAGACUGACGCUUCAUCUAUAUGUGCUAGUCCUUUUGCUGGGGAUGAAGAACCAGUUGAACCGGUAACUGAUACUGAUACUAAUGUAUGGUCAAAUAAAUCAUCAGAAGCUCAUGUUGAACCAGUACAUGGUAGCAGUCAUCAUUCAGCAAUCGAUGAUUUACUUGGUCUUGACCUAUUGUCCACUGAUGAUUCUAUUCCACAAACCAAUAUUGAACCUGUUCCUUUCUCAGCUCAAACUGAGUCUGUUGGAAAGGAGGGUGAAUCAAAUCCUUCAGCUGUCAAUACUACUGCUACUACUACCAAUACCACAGGUUCUGCUUCAGUUUUUGACGACUUAUUGUCAUUAGAUCCUCUUUUGGAGAAAGAUUCUGUAGGUGGUGGUACUACUUCUACGACUACAAAGAUACCAGUGAAUAAUCCCCCUACAUCAUUUAAUAAUUCACUGCCUCCAGGUUUAAAACCUGUCCCUGCAACUGUCCCAAUACGUCCUGCUGUUGUUAUGUCUGCAUCACAAAACAAGAAUCCACUUGAUGCAUUAGACAGCACCUUAUCGAAUCUAGCUUCAAGUCUAGGAGGUCAGCAAACAUGGGGCUCUACUAAUUUGAAGAAGAAACCCCUGGCUGAAAGUGUGAAACCAACGUGA